UACGGAUAUCAUCUUUCCCUUCAGAAUUGAGAGGGAAAUAUUUACUCCCUCUCCCAGUUCUCCAUUUUCCUUCACUUCAAUUUCUGCAAAUUGCAAGCUUUUUCUGUUUGACGUCUAUGGGGUUUCUUCUACCUCACUUCAUCGGCGGGAGGAAGCAAAUGGAAACUCUGGAUCAACUAAGAGCAAAAGCACCGUUGAAAAGAGCCUGUUAUUUCAUCACCGAAUCCAGCUUUCAAAGAAAACGAGACUGAAAACUAAGACUGGAUGUUGUUAACAAAGAACAGAAGAGUGUGUUUGAGUUCCCAUCGUCACUUCACUGAUGGUAACGCGAAUCGAAGGGUUCAUUGUCAAGAAUUCAUUUUUCAGUUGUUUCCGUCAUAGUUAUCCAAGACCCACAAAUCAUCAAUCGUUGAGGUGUGCUAGUUCUAAUGCUGUCAUUUCUCAACCGUUUGAGGAAUGGAAAGGAAUCAAUGGAAAUCAUCAGACUUACGUUUGGUUGUUGGAUGGAUGUGUUAAAUCAGGAACAUUUCUUAAUAUCAAAAAGCUUCAUUCGAAGAUUUUGAAGUCUGGUUUUCUUUCAGAACAUGUUGUUUAUGACCGGCUAUUGAAUUCCUACAUUGCUUUUGACAAAUUAGACUAUGCAUUGCAGCUUCUCCAUGAAAAUACUGAUAGAAGUUUGUUUUCAUGGAAUGCUUUGAUUUCUGCUUUUGUUCAUAGGAAGCUCCAUAGUCAAGCAUUGAGACUUUUCUCACAAAUGUUAGAAGAAGAACACUUAAAACCAGAUGAAACAACGUUUUCUUGUGUUCUAAAGGCAUCCAAUGGUGACAAAUUUUCUUUGAAGUUUGUGGAGCAGUUGCAGGCUAUCAUCAUUCGCCUCGGUUUCUAUUCAUGCUCACUGGUAUGUAAUCCUUUGAUCGAUUUAUAUUCCAAAAAUGGAUUUGUAAACUCUGCUAAACUAGUCUUCCAACAAUUACCAACAAAGGAUAGUGUUUCAUGGCUUGCUAUGUUAUCUGGAUUAUCUCAAAAUGGACUUGAACGAGAUGCAAUCGAUUUGUACAAUGAGAUGCAAGAAUCCGGAUUCAUUCCUACUCCAUACAUUUUUUCUAGCAUUAUUAGCGCCUGCACGAAAAUUGAGUUAUAUCCACUCGGUGAGCAACUCCAUGCCCUUGUUUUCAAAUGGGCAUUUGCGUCUGAAACUUAUGUAUGUAACUCAUUGGUAACUUUAUACGCUCGAUCGGAGAAUUUUGUAUCUGCUGAACAAAUUUUUGGCAAAAUGAAAUGCAGGGAUGAAGUUUCGUACAAUUCACUAAUAUCAGGGCUUGCUCAACAAGGGUUUAGUGAGAAAGCCCUCCAACUGUUCGAAGAAAUGCAGGUUGGCGGUUUAAAACCUGAUUGUGUUACGAUCGCGAGUCUCUUGAGUGCGUGUGCAUCAACCGGAGAUCUUUUAAAGGGAGUACAGCUGCAUUCGUAUGCGGUUAAGGCAGGGUUACUUUCGGAUAUCAUUAUCGAAGGUUCUUUGCUUGAUCUUUAUGUUAAAUGUUCAGAUGUUGAAACAGCUAAUGAAUUUUUCAUGGAAACAGAGAAGCGAAAUGUUGUUCUUUGGAAUGUGAUGUUAGUGGCUUACGGGCAAAUUGGUAAUUUGGUUGAGUCGUCGGUUAUUUACUCACGGAUGUUGAGUGAAGGACUUAGACCUAACGAAUAUACGUAUCCUAGUAUAUUGAGGACUUGUACGUUAGUGGGAGCUCUCGAUCUCGGGAAGCAAAUACAUACCCAAGUUGUGAAAACUGGUUUUCAACCGAACGUGUAUGUUUGUAGUGUACUUAUCGAUAUGUAUGCUAAACUUGGAAAGCUUGAUAUUGCUCACCAAAUGUUGAGACGGAUUCCAGAAGAUCUUGUUUCUUGGACUGCUUUGAUCGCUGGAUACACUCAGCAUGAUAAGUUUUCGGAAGCUCUUAAGCUUUUCGAAGAAAUGAAUGAUCGAGGAAUUCGAUCGGAUAACAUUGGGCUUUCAAGUGCCAUAAGUGCUUGCGCUGGAAUUCCUGCAUUCAAUCAAGGACGACAAAUCCACGCUCAAUCCAUUGUAUCCGGUUAUUCUCUCGACCUUUCGAUUGGGAACGCUCUUGUUAGUCUCUAUUCUAGAUGCGGUAAAAUGGAAGAUGCCUACUUAGCAUUUAGUAAAAUUGUCGAUAAAGAUAGUAUUUCAUGGAACGGACUUUUAUCGGGAUUCGCACAGAGUGGGCUAUACGAGGAAGCACUUGGAGUUUUUCGUCAAAUGAAUCAAUCGGGAGUAGGUUUCAAUAUGUUCACGUAUUGUCCGGCGGUUAGUGCCGCUGCGAAUAUGGCGAACGUAAAGCAAGGGAAGCAAAUUCACGCGAGGAUGGUGAAAACCGGAUGCGAUUACGAGACAGAGGCGUCUAACGUGUUGAUCACUCUAUACGCUAAAUGCGGAAACCUAAACGAUUCCAAACGACUCUUUCUCGAGAUGUCGGAAAGGAACGAGAUUUCAUGGAAUGCGAUGAUUACGGGUUAUUCUCAACACGGGUGUGGUCUCGAGGCAUUGGAGAUCUUUCGGGAAAUGAAUCGGGUCGGUGUGUCUCCUAACCACGUGACGUUUGUGGGUGUUUUGUCCGCGUGUAGCCAUGUCGGUAUGGUAGAUGAGGGGAUUCGUUAUUUCGAGUCCAUGACUGAAGAACACAGACUAAUACCGAAGGCAGAGCAUUAUGUUUGCGUCGUGGAUAUUCUCGGUCGUGCUGGCUAUCUUCAACGAGCGAAGGAAUUUGUUGAGUCGAUGAAGAUCGAACCAGAUGCUAUGAUAUGGAGGACACUCUUAAGUGCGUGCACGGUUCAUAAGAACUUUGAAAUAGGAGAGUUUGCCGCCAACCGUCUUCUAGAAUUGGAGCCCAACGACUCGGCCACAUACGUUCUCUUGUCGAAUAUGUACGCGGUUUCGGGAAAGUGGAAUUGGAGGGACAAGAUAAGGCAAACGAUGAAAUCGAGAGGUGUGAAGAAAGAAGCCGGUCGAAGUUGGAUCGAAGUUAAAAACUCAAUCCAUGCGUUUUUUGUUGGUGAUAGGCUGCAUCCAAUGGCGGAUAAGAUUUACGAGUUCUUAGAGGAGCUAAACGAGCGAGCAAUUGAGGUUGGGUACAUUCGAGAGAGUAAUAGCCUUUUAAAUGAGAUAGACCGGGCUAAGAAAGAUCUUUCUAUGUAUGUACAUAGUGAGAAAUUGGCUAUUGCUUUCGGGCUUAUUAGCUUGUCUAGUUCGGAUGCAUCGGUGCCCUUAAUGGUGAUGAAGAAUCUUCGGGUGUGUAGCGAUUGCCAUAAUUGGAUCAAGUGUGUGUCCGAGGUUUCUAAACGAACAAUUAUAGUACGAGAUGCGUAUCGGUUUCAUCAUUUCGAGAAGGGUGCAUGUUCGUGUAAGGAUUUUUGGUAAAUUGAAAAUCGAGGCUUUUGCAAUCUAAAUUGUUAAAACUGGUUAUGCCAACAAUCGGUUUUCGAGUAACCGAACCGAUUAUGUCAGUUUCUGGUGAUAUAAAGAAUGAGGAUUCGUGUAAAGAUCUGUAUAUAUGUUGAAAUGUUUAUCAAUUUGCAUAAUUGAUUUGAUUUAAUAUUGUUUC